GUAUGGAAUUUUAAGUAGUUAGUUUUAUUUUAAACUUCAUUUUACUAUAGGCAUUUUUUUAUAAUUAAAAGCUAACGCUAUUUUAUAUUUAAUUACUUACUGUGUGCGCUUGAGUCGGGCGUGGCGUUGUAGUAGCGCACGGAUAUAUAUUUACGACAUUUUAUUUCAUUUUUCUUUAAGCGCUUAGUACGAAGAUGACAUUUAGUAAAAACAAUUUAUUAAGAGCCUUCGCGUUUACAUUUUGGCUACUCAUAACACUGGUGAUAUUUAAGACAUACCAAAUGUCAUUGCAAAGCACUAAGCAGACAGGCCACUGGUACAAUGUAACGGCGGCUAUAAAGCAAACCGACUUAAUAAUAAAUGGAAUACCAAAUCAAGCGAACGACAGAUUAAAACUAUAUGAAGCAGAGUUGCCAAAUAUGCCCUUCGAUUUGUGGCAUCGCCUGAAAGUGAUGCGUCUAAAUAACACUUGCGCCCGCGCGCCAUCGCUGUCUGACCUGCGUUUUCACAAUGAUUAUUGGCAGGUAUUUCAUAACGGCAAUGUCAAUUACCAUCUCUUCAAUGCAUAUUUCGAUGCGCGCGCGCAUGUCACACAGUCCAGCGCAGUGGUGCGCGUGCUUGCCAUGUUGAAUACUAAGAAACCACCGAAAAAUACAAUCCACUGUCAGUUGUGGUAUGAUAGUAAUGAUAAGCCGACGAUUGUACCCGUGAUAGAGCAACGGCUGGUGUGGUACUUGAAAUGGAAAACCAAUGCUGAUUAUUUGCUACACUUACUCACAUGCGCAGUGCCCACGGUAACGCGGGUGGACGUCGCACCGCACGCCGUCUCCUUGGUGAUGAAUAUUUGUGACACGGCCUCGAAUAUACUGCGCGUACGCUACGAACGACCGAUCGGUAAUGAGACACAACACGGUUUCGCGGUUUGUCUAAAGGGUUUGGAUUAUCCUUAUGCUGAUAUGGGUCCGCGUUUGGUGGAGUGGUUGGAAAUGCAGCGUUUGUUGGGCGCACGUAAGGUCAUCACAUACAAAUUGGCGUUGCAUCCGAAUUUGGAGCGUGUGUUGGAGCAUUAUGUGGCGGAGGGUUUCGUCGAAGUACAUCCGCUGAGUAUGGGUUCGGAUAUGGUGAGUAAACCGCUGUAUCUGCAUGAUUAUCUGCGCGCGAGCAUUGCGAACAAGCGCAUAAACGAGCUGGUGCCCUACAAUGAUUGUUUCUAUCGGAAUAUGUACAAGUAUUCAUAUAUUGUGACUGUCGAUAUAGACGAGGUGAUCAUGCCGCUCGGCAAUCUCACCAACUGGCAACAGUUAAUCGACGAAACGGAGCAUUUGCGUGCAUCUAGUUGUCCAGAGGGCUAUGGGAGUGUUUGUGUGCGCAAUGUGCAUUUCCCCAUUAAUGGUCUAAACUACACUGAAAGGUCGGCAGCACCGCGGCAUAUGUUCAUGUUGCAGCAUGUACAUCGACGGGAACAUGAAGAAGUUGGUAAAGGCGCUAAGUGCUUUCAAAAUAGCAGCGAGGUGCUGAUUUUGCACAAUCACUACAAUUUACAGACUUUGAAGAGUUGUCGUUGGAGGGACUUGGAGCCGACCAUGGCGCAACUGCAACACUAUCGUCAGUUGAAGAAGCCGGCGGAAUGGGUUACGAAGAUACUCGAUGAAAGUAUCUAUCGUUACAAGGACGCGUUGGUGAAUAGCGUGGAAUCGGUGUUGAAAAACUUGUCCUAUUUGCGGUGAUAAUGCGAACGGCAUAAGCGAUAGGGUGUUUAGAGUACCUCGUUUUACAUAUGUUCGCUUUUAGGUAUUAGGUAAAAGCUGGUAUGAAUCAAAAUUAGCAAAGUAUUUAGUAAGUAAAUUACUAUUUCUUUAAGUGUCUUCAUAGAACGGUGAGGUCAUAUAAUGCAAUUGCAGUAAUAAAUGAAAUGAUUGAC